AUGGGGAGCACAGGAAAGGUGGUUACCUUCUUCAACAGGAGGCAGAGUCUCUUCCCCAACUACAAAGUAGGAGACACUGGUUUGAACAGGAGGCCUUCAGAGAUUGCUUAUCCAUUGGCCAAGGAGAGCUCUGUGAAGAACUGGAACUCGCUGCAGGAGCUAAGUCGGGAUAUCUAUGACAUCUAUGCCGAGUAUGAAGAAGAGUAUGAUGAUGCAUACCCUCAGAUAAAACAAAUCUCACCAUCCAAGAAGAACUACAUGAUCAACAUCAAUGUGGGAGGUAAACCCUAUCAAAUAGCAUACAAGAUGGCAGCCAAGUACCCCAAGACAAGAAUAGGGCGCUUGGCUACCUACACUGACCACAAUAUGAAACUUGACCUUUGUGAUGACUACAUUGUGACCAACAAUGAGUUCUUUUUUGAUCGGGACCCAGAUGUUUUCCACUGCAUCUUUAACUUCUACAGAACUGGGGUACUGUGGAUCAAAGAUGAGCUAUGUCCGCGAAACUUUCUGGAGGAGAUCAACUACUGGGGGGUACGAAUCAAAAACACCAACCGCUGUUGUAGGAUUUCUUUUGAGGAGAGACAGGAUGAACUAAACGAACAACUAAAAAUCCAGAGGGAGCUGGAGGCGGAGGUAGAGACUGAGGAGAACGAGGAGCUGUUUCAUGACAUGUUUAUGGGCCAGCCAAGACGAGCCAUCUGGAACCUCAUGGAGAAGCCAUUUUCAUCUGUGAAGGCCAAACUCAUGGCUGUAGCUUCCAGUCUUUUUGUGCUGAUCUCACUGGUGGCCAUGACUUUAAAUACAGUUGAAGAGAUGCAGUACAAGACUCCCAGUGGUCACCUGAGUGGCAAAACCUACUGGGAAUAUGUAGAGUCUAUGUGCAUUGCCUUUUUCACUAUGGAGUAUAUACUUCGUUUAGUUUCCACACCAGACCUCAAAUCUUUCAGCAGGAGUGUCCUCAAUACAGUGGAUCUGAUUGCUAUAUUACCAACCUAUCUCCAAGGCAUACUGGAGUUUUUUGACAGCAGUGGCAAUUAUAUAAAACACGAGGCAGACAUGCAGGCAGUAGGGCAGGUGGGCAAGCUUGGGCAAGUGCUGAGAAUAAUGAGACUAAUGCGUAUAUUUCGUAUAUUAAAACUGGCCAGACACUCCACUGGGUUGAGGGCAUUUGGAUUCACUCUGCGUCAGUGUUACCAGCAAGUGGGCUGCCUCUUUCUCUUCAUAGCAAUGGGAAUAUUCAGCUUCUCCGCCAUGGUGUAUACUGUGGAGCACGACAUGCCACAAACAAACUUCACCAGUAUACCUCAUGCAUGGUGGUGGGCUGCUGUGAGCAUCUCCACUGUGGGCUAUGGAGACGUAUAUCCCGAGACCAUACUGGGCCGAAUCUUUGCUUUCAUCUGCAUUGCUUUUGGGAUCAUCCUUAACGGUCUGCCCAUCUCAAUCCUCUUCAACAAAUUCUCUGACUAUUACUCCAAACUUAAGUCCAACCAGUACACAGCUCACCAAAAGAAACGUGGCAAAAUUAGAUUUGUUAAGAGGACCGUGGACUCACUCAGCAAGGCUCUGGGGAAUACACAUUGAUUUGAAAUGUUUACAUUACAAGU